UAGGCCACGCCCCCUGCCUGCUACCUGUCGAGAAAUGUAAAACGUGAGCUGCCAGCUCCCACCUGGACCACCGCCGAGGAAAGAUGAGUCUGCAGGACUACAAAUCAUCAGAAAAGCAGGCUUCAGCCGCGGCCCCGAACUUUCAUGUUGUGCAGUUAAAUGUCGGGGGCCACCUGUACACCACCGCUCUGAGCACGCUCAGGAAGCACCCCGACUCCAAGCUAGCGGAGCUUUUCAGCGGACAGCCCAAACUACGCAGUGACGCACAAGGACGUUACUUCAUCGACCGUGAUGGGUCCCACUUUGGAGCCAUCCUGGAGUUCCUGAGAUCAGAGCAGCUCCCCAAGAAGAACCUCCCAGAGGUUCAUAAGGAGGCGCUCCACUAUAACAUCAAACCGCUGAUCAAACGCUUGGAAGAGGCUCCUCAGCUGUUUGGAGAACUGGUGGGAAGACAGCAGUUCCUCUCCAGAGUCCCACACUACAAGGAAAACAUCGAGGUUCUGAUUCGUAUUGCCAGAGCUGAGGCCAUCGCUGCACGCCACUCCACCAUCAUCAUCUGUGUGCUGAAGACAGAGGAGGAUUUGGGCUUCUAUGAUAAUGCCAUUAACAGCCUGGAGGCGGAUAAGGAGUCAGUGGUGACGUUCGGGCCGUGGAAGGCUGCACCGCUGGUCACAGACCUGCUGGACUGUGUGAAGAUGGACAUUGAGAGUCAGGGCUACAGGGUGAGCAUCCAGCCUCAUGUCAUGGAGAAGAGCUUCCUGUCCAGGAGCUAUGACUACUUCUACGAACUCACAUUCACCUGGUGGUGAUGGGGCACCUGAACAAAACUCGAAACUGCACAAUACUUCUAAAAAAAAACUAACAAACUGCAUUUCCAAUUUUUUUUUUCAAAAAUGUUUCAAGGUGGGUUUUUUUUUAUGUAUCCGCACUAAAAAGAAAAAAUCUUGAUUGUGAACAUUUUAGACAUGAAGGGUCAUUAAAGUAUCGAUUAUUCAUUUCAAAGGUACUGACUUAUUGAAAGAUGGAAAAGAUAGAUAUAGCUUCUGCUUCUGAAGCCAAAGUUGAAGCGCAUCUUUUCUAGUAGCCAGCAGGGGGCGACUUCUCAGGAUUCAGAGGAAGUCUAUAGAAGUCUAUGGGAAAAGUCCCCUCAGAUGUCUUCAUCUGUGAUGUCAGCAGACACCUUUAUAAUGAGGUUAGGGUCUCCUGUAGUUUCAGGUCUUACUUAAUAGAAUAAUGAUCAUUUUUUUGAUUUAUGUUUUCCAUUAGUGUCCAAAAGGUCUUUGGGCCAGGGUUACUUUAUGAUUUAAAAGUUUCCAUCUCCGUUCGUUGGUCAGAUCCACCCCUCGCUUUUUUUUUUUUUUUCAAUCUUGGUGUUUUUUUAAAAUACAAAAAUUCUCAGCUCAAGCCUUCACAGCAGGACCCCACUAACCACUCAGCGACAGCGCAUCUUUUACAUACAGUCUCUGGGAUUAAGAUAAAGUGACUGCUUUCAAACAAAAAUCUGUAUCUUCUAAUUUUAAUUGCUUAUGGUCAUGAAUGUUGUAUCCAGUGUAAUAUUAAC